AUGCCGCGAUUCCGACUCCCGUUGUUUUUGUGCCGGAGGAGCCGUGAUCUCCACCUCCACUCCAUCCUCCGGAGCUUCGCCUCCUGCCCCCUCCCUGUGGCAUCGCCUCUAGAUUUCCCCAAGCCCCAAGAACGAGAAGGAGAACCCUCGGAGGAGAAGCCCGGCGAGACGCUGUCGUCGAGGGUGGAGAGGCUGACGAGGGGGGAGUCGGUGGUGUCCGCCUUCCAGAGAUGGAUGCGACAGGGAUUUGCCAUCCACAGGGGCGACAUCUUCCACGCCAUCAAUCGACUUCGGAAGCUCAAGAUGAACAAGAGAGCUCUCGAGGUUAUGGAGUGGGUGAUUAGAGAGAGACCUUACAAGCUGAAAGAACUGGAAUACUCUUAUCUUCUGGAGUUUACAACCAAGAUUCAUGGCAUUUCACAUGGUGAAAGUCUCUUCCUUCGCAUCCCUCAUGAGUAUCAGAAUGAGUUGCUUUACAACAAUCUUGUCAUGGCAUGUUUGGAUAAGGGUUUGAUUAGGCUUUCACUAGCCUACAUGAGAAAGAUGAGGGAAUUAGCCUUCCCCAUCUCCCCUUAUGUUUACAACCGCUUGAUAAUUCUCCAUUCCUCUUCAGGCCGUAAGAAAAGUAUUCCUAGAAUUCUUACUCAAAUGAAGGCUGAUGGUGUCUCCCCACAUACAUCCACAUACAACAUUCUGUUGAAGAUGGAAGCUGACGACCAUAAUAUUGAAGGGCUCUCAAAGGUAUUCAUUGAAAUGCAACGAGCAAAAGUUGAACCAGAUGAAAUCACUUUUGGCAUCCUAGCAAUUGCACACGCUGUGGCAAGACUGUAUACAGUAUCUGAGACAUAUGUUGAAGCAAUUGAAAGAUCAAAAACUGGUAAUAACUGGUCUACCCUGGAUAUUCUGCUUAUCUUGUAUGGUUACUUGGGGAAGAAGGAGAAGCUAGAGAGGACUUGGAAGUUUGUUGAAGAGCUUCCUCAUGCUAGAUCUAAAAGCUUUAUGCUAGCAAUUGAAGCAUUUGGAAGGAUAGGCCAUGUAAGUAGAGCUGAAGAAAUAUGGGCAGAGAUGAAAUCAAACAGAGAAUUGAAGUUGACAAAGCAGUUUAAUUCCAUUAUAUCAGUCUACUGCAGGCAUGGGCUCAUGGAGAAAGCAUCUGAGAUGUUCAAACAAAUGGAAGCAAAUGGAUGCGAGCCAAAUGCUAUAACGUAUCGCCACCUUGCACUAGGUUGCUUAAAGGUUGGUUUGAUAAAGGAAGCACUGAAGACUAUGAACAUGGGGAGGAGUGAAACUAUGGGUUUUCAGGUAAGAAGAUCUACACCAUGGUUGGAGACUACUCACAUGGUACUUGAGGCUUUUGCAGAUUUGGGUGACUUAGAAAAUACAAAAAUGUUAUUUAAAGAAUUCAAGGAAACAAAGUAUUGUAGGUACACCUUUGUGUAUAAUACCCUUCUAAAGGCUUAUGUAAAGGCAAAAGUUUAUGAUCCAGAACUAUUGAGGAAGAUGAUUUUGGGAGGAGCAAGGCCUGAUGCUGAAACAUACAGCCUUGUGAGACUCUUAGAACAGUUUAAGAACUGACAGUAUCACACAAGGGGAGAUGCUUUAACGCAUAGAAAAAAGAACAGAUCAACAUUGUAAUCUUUAUAUUGCAGUGAGUCUGGAAUUGGAAGCUGAUGUUAUCGGUUGUGAACAUGUCAGUUGAAAGGAUGAAUAUCAAUGUGGAGAACAGCUGUAUCUUUGCCACAUCUGCGCAAAUGAAAUUGUUUAGCACUCUGGAGAGCUUGAGCAGAAGUUAUUUUGAUCUCUGGAGGAGAAUGGUGUGAGGGAUUAAAGGUUAUUAAAUGAAUAGGAAUAUUGGGAUUACAAAAUUGCUGAUAUGACAAGCUGAAACCACUUUAUCUAUUUUGAAGUGUGAUUUCACAUCCCUGCCUAUAGGACUGCACAUUGGUCAUGUUGGCAGUGAUAUGACCUAUGCCUACUGAUCUACUUUCUGGGGUAUAACUCCCAUGAUAUCAGCAAAGAAUGAUUUGAAAGGAGUAGCUGCUUCUGACAGAACCAGACUGUAGAUAUUUUGAAUACCGAAGGCGAUAAAAACAAUAUUAAUGGAAGUAAAGUCAAUUUGAAGGCGAACAUGAUGUCUCAGCAUCUUGUAGGAUGUUUUAUUUCUCCUACAGAGAGAGAAAUGUAGACCAAACGCCUUCAAUCAAACUAUUCCUAGGUUUACCAGCAUAUAUGCUCACAUCCUCUAAAAGAGUGCUCUUUUGUACCAUACCAAAAAUCCACCAUCCAGAUGAAGUCAUCUGAUCACAUAGUGCAUUGACAUUGGGCUAUCGGUUCAAUCAACAGGUAUAUUGGUGCUUUGAGAGCAGUCUAGGGUUUGGCAUGUCUGCUUCCUGAAUCAUUGCCAUGGAGGUUCUGAAUCAUGCUUAUAAUCUGGUAUAGCAUCCAUCAUCUCUAAUCAAGUUGCAAUCACAAGAUAUGGACAUACAGGCAACAUUAAAUUCCCAUGGGAAAGCAUGCCAGUCAGAUUUAUGUAGCUGUUGCCUGCACAAGAAUACUCUCAACAAGUGGUCUUCAUGACUUUCAUUCAUAGCAUGACAAAGGAGGGUUUCUGAGGUUCUAGUUCCAUAAGCCUGGACUGAAGGUAGUGGUUAUCAAAACCUGCAGCCAGUGGCUUCUUCCAAGAUUGGCCUCUAUGAACUUUAUGCUGUAGCAACUUAAUUGCUUGAUUAUUUGCUUAACUUUGUGCCGGAAGCCCCAAAAAUAUAAUUUCAAAUCCUUGGCAAGUGCAUGUCAAGUGAUGUGAUGUAGGGAUAUGAAUGGCAUAGUUGACAAGAGAGAGAACAGGAUUGUGAGUGCUAACGAGAGCAAAGUGAUCUCAGUCUAUCUGCCAAAUAUUCUCUCCUGGGUUUUCUGAAGUCGAUUACAUAGUUGUAAUAAUGUAGCCAUUGCAUAUUCUUUUUUUUCCUUAUUUUUGAUGAAACAAACCAAGGCCUAGCUAACAGAUCACAAAAAUAACAGGUCCCAUUCCCUCUGAACAAAAUUCAGAAUCCAGCUAAAGUGACGAGGGCAGCAACUCAGACCCCCCAACCCCCCAUCAAUUCUUUUUCCUUUAUUUCCUUUAAUAGGAUGCGUGUGGAAGUGUGGAACUCUUUGCAGUUCAUUUUAUCUGUUUGCUGGCAUGCAGGUAUGUGCUUCUGUUAGGAGCGAUUAAUCAUCAUCCAAAACUUUUUGCAUCAAAUCUGUGGUUGUCUAUAGAACAGCAUUCCAGAUUGAGAAGGCUCCAUGUAAGAACCAAGCAUAUCUUACAACUCCAAGUUAUCAACAUACAAUUAUCAUGUCAAAACACCUUAUGCAUAUUAUGAUUUUGUUUUUUUGUGCCUUCUAACACUCUGGAGAUAUGUGUUAGUAUAAAGAUAAUUGUUUUUCAUGUAAAACAAAUCAGUUAAGAGCCAUUAUCCUCACCAUGUAUGUCCAUUACAACAGAAUAACAGCUUUGAAGGGUGUUAUUUGAGUGCCUGAAAUAUACAUGUACAGAAAUAGUCUGUUAUCUGAGGGUUCCAUUAUUUCCCUUCUAUUUUGUUUUGGCGGCAGAUACCCUUCCAAGAAUGCUUCAAUUGGCCAGCAGAAAUGAGCUGCUUCAUGGUCUAGGUCCUUCUAUUGAAGCUGAGAUUUUGUCCCUUCACUUUGCAUAUGAUACCAUUCUUUUUAUUUUCUUGGUGGCUACGUAUAAUCAAAUAUGCCUUAUAUCUCUUUC